UAUAUAGCCUACAUCUGACAUGCAGUUCAGUAGAAUACCUACAAGAGCUGGAAAGAGUCAACAGGACAAAAGAGUCUCAUCACCAUGGCUGGCUAUGACUUGCACCGUGAAUUGAAAAGAAUGGAGUGUCAUUUCAAUUGGCAAUUAGACUGCCGCACCUCGUCUACACUGAAGAAACUUCAACAGAACCUUGAAGAUCGCCUGAGGUGUGGAUGCAGCUGGAUGCGCCACUUAUACAAUGACCUUGGGUAUGUCCUUCAUGCCCAGGGCUUGGAAGAUGAAGCCCUGGAAGUCUUAAUCAAAGGACAAAAGUAUAUCAAGGCAGAGACAGAAGAUCAGGAAGACUGCUCCCUGCUGAUAAAUCAGGCAAACAUGGCCUGGGUCUAUUACCAUAAAGGAGAACUGGAGAAGAGUCGAGCUUGCCUGGAAGAAGUGAGAAGACUUCAGCAGGAGUUCCUGACCCCAAAGGGUUCCCAGGUGCACCCAGUGCUAAGUGCACAAAAAGGCUGGACACUGAUGAGAUUUGAGAACAGCCAUAAGAGGCGUGCCAUAGAGUGCUUCAAAAUGGCUCUGGCAGGGGAUCCUGAGAAGAAAAACUUCCACAAAGGUCUGGCCCUCGCCAUGCAAAAAAAUGACUUCAAAGCUAACCCAGAGCAAAGAGAGAUGAUUGAUCAGCUGAGAGUUGCAAGAGACAUGUAUGAAAAUGAAGAUGUUUGUCUGGGGGCGCUUUAUCUCAUGAGCUUACUGGCACAUGGUGAUAAGUGUGAGGAGGCCCUGGACGAGGCAAACAAACUGGCAGACAAGCUGAUUAAAUCUGGAAGAAUCAGUGGGCUGAGUAACCUUUCAUCUCUUUAUACAUACCACUUAAAAAACUACGACAAAGCAAUAAGUGUGACAGAAGAAAUGCAGGAAAAAUUUCCACAGUCCACCCGUGUAACUAAGAACCUUGCUAGCUGCCUGAAGUUCAAGGAGUAUGCCCGUAUCCCCGCAGGCCAUACAGAUGCUAAUUGA